AUGCCUGGGUAUUGGAAGCUCUCUGCAGCAUGCUGAGGAGACGAAACCUUCUUACUACGCUCCUGAUUGUCUUGCCAUGGGCUCUUCUCCUAACCUUGUGGCACCAGUACCCAACCACCCGCUACCUCAGCCUGCUGAGAAAAGACACAGAUGAGAACGUGACCUCUAAAGCUCUCCUCAAUGGUACUUCUACACUGAGAGAAGAAGGCUUCCCGUCAUGCAUUCGCCAGCAGCAGAGCAUAGGGGUGACGCCUAAAGUCAUCCAGAAUUAUGUGUAUUCCAGGCCUCCCCCAUGGUCAGACACCCUGCCGACCAUAUUCGUUAUCACCCCUACCUACACUCGGCCAGUGCAAAAAGCUGAGCUGACCCGGCUGGCCAACACCUUCCUGCAUGUACAGAACCUGCACUGGGUGGUGGUGGAGGACUCACCCCGGAGGACCAACCUAGUGUCCAACCUGCUGGAGAAGGCAGGCCUCAAUUUCACCCACCUCAAUGUGGAGACGCCCAAGAGCCUGAAGCUGGGGCUGUCCUGGAUCCCAUCCCACACUCCACGGGGAACACUGCAGAGGAACCUGGGGCUUCACUGGCUGAGAGACAGCUUCAGCAACACAGCACCACCAGAAGGGGUAGUGUAUUUUGCUGAUGAUGAUAACACUUACAGCCUGGAGCUGUUUGAAGAGAUGCGCUACACAAGGAGGGUGUCAGUUUGGCCGGUGGCGUUUGUUGGGGGGCUGCGGUACGAAUCUCCAAAAUUGAGCCCAGCUGGGAAGGUGGUGGGAUGGAAAACCGUCUUUGACCCUAAUCGGCCCUUUGCUAUUGACAUGGCUGGAUUUGCCAUCAGCAUCAAGCUGAUCUUGGAAAAGCCUCAAGCCAGUUUCAAGUUGGAGGGAGUUAAAGGAGGCUACCAGGAAACCAGUCUGCUGAAGGAUUUAGUGACUAUGGAUGGGCUGGAGCCCAAAGCAGCCAACUGCACAAAGGUAUUGGUCUGGCACACAAGAACUGAGAGGCCAACUCUGGUUAACGAAGGCAAGCGUGGAUUUACAGACCCCAGGGUGGAGGUGUAAGCAGAGAGACAGCUCCCCAGUGUGAGUACCCUUGUCUUUAUUGGUUUUGGCAAGGCAAAUAGUCUGUACAUGUUUCUUUAUUUUUGUUAUUAUUUCUUUCAAGACUGCAUAUACGGUAGCCCUGAUAUCUCCCUUAUCAUGUCACCCUUUGCACAAGAAGUGGAUCCUCAUCUUUACUGCCUGUCUGCAUUCUGUGUGCAUUUAAGCCUCCGUGCAGUCUCCACGGAAGCUUUGCUUGCAUACAGGCAGAGAGAAAAACAACAGAAGAAUCUCAUGGUUUACGUCAGCAAUGGUAGGCCACAUUCCUUGCUCCCCAGUUUCUGACAGGUUCAAACUUCCUUUCAUGGGAAAUUAUUCUGCAAUGAAUGGAAAGAGAUCAUUGCCCCAUCAGCCUUACCACCUCUGCAGUGCUCCAUCUAUCCACAUUCAGCUUCUAUCUCACAUGAACUACCUUGGUGUGGAUGCUGCAUGGAAGGGUUGGUGAGACAUUGAGACCAUUUCAAAACAGGAACCUAUGCAGACUGUGAUGAUUUGAGGAACUCGUUAUCAGCAUUACCAGAGCUAGGAAUACAUCUGCUGAUGAGGGAAAACAGUGAAGGCACUGAAAUUGCCUACAUAGUCCACAGACCAAAGUUCAGCAGUAGGAGGAGGGAUUAUAGCAUCCUCCAUAGGUAAUGGUAGGAAUAUGUAAGAGUACAGUGAUGUGUUCUUAGAAAGUGAUGAUGGACAGA